AUGCUAAAAGAAAGUAACAAUAUUGACUUUGAAAAAGCCCUCCUAAUUGGAGAAGGUGGUUUCGGAACCGUUUAUCAUUUCGACAAAGAAAACCCAUCGUAUGUGGUAAAAUUGAUAAAAUGCGACACGAAAGGCUUGAAAAGUUAUCAAACCGAAUGGGAGAUUCUGAAAAAGCUAAAACACGAGCAUAUUGUAAAACCAUUGUGGACAAAAGAGAUCAUCUUUGAUCGCCGUCUGGCUUUUGCUAUUGGAAUGGAGUAUUGUGAGAGGGAAUCUUUAGAUAAAAUCAUUCACAACUCCACUUUCAUCUAUUCGAUGCGAACCGUGACUGUUUGGGCGGAGAACAUUUUUGGGGCUCUUGCGUAUCUCGUUGAAGAGCACAAUAUUGUCCAUCGUGAUAUUAAACCAAACAACAUUUUGGUCAAAGCAAACUUCUCAGUGAAACUCGGAGAUUUCGGCUGUGCAAAAGAAGUCGAAGAGACUUGUGUGGAUAGUAAAGUUUGGAGUGAGUACAAUCAAGAAGGCGUUUUUGACUUGGGUCGAUUCCAUAGGGGAGUUAUUGAGAGAAAAGUCGUUCAACUUACUCCACCAAAAUGUGCUCAAGUCGAUGUGCAACGAGCGGUGGUGGCGUGUACUCGCUUCAACAAUAAUCAUCGACCGACUGCAGCAGAGAUGCAUCAACGAUUUAUUUGUUGGAACAAGAAAGACGCCUUUUGCAUGAGUCUCCCCUUUCUCCCGAAAGUCGACAUCACGGAAAAACGCUUGAUACGACCAAUCGGCUUCAAUGGACAACGAAAUGUAGAGCCGAUCGUUAAGGACAUAACACCACCUAAGCCUCAGCUGUCUGAUUCAUCUACAGUAAAACGAAUGGCUCCGGUGGCUCCGGUUCGAGCAACUGCUCCUCCUUUUGAAGCUUCAACUACACUCGGCCCACCCCCAGCCUAUUCAACAAUCAUUCUGCCAACUCAAACUAAACAAACUAGACAACUUUCCUGUUUUCAAAAAUUCGGACGACGCUGCUGUUUGUGUUUGGUUUGGCUGAUUGGCAUUGGAAUCUUCAUAGCUUUCUGUAUUUUGACGGUGAUGUUUUUAAAUUCUGAUCUGAAAACGAUGACUACAACAAGUCGGCCGAACAUUGAUUACACAGAAGUAACAACAACAACAACAAGAACAACAUGGUUUGCACCGACUCGUGACAUGUUCACUCCAACAGUCCCGCCACCUUUUCAACGGUGUGCAUCAGUGAUUCUAUUAAACGAAAAUCUAAGUCUCGCGAAAUAUCUUUUCAGCAAGGGCCAAAAAGAGGUUGAAUGCGAGGCGAAAUUGUAUGGAAAAGCUUUUGGUGAUGGUGGAAAAAAGGAAAGGGCCACGGUCGCUCUUGUCAAGGAAUGGGAAGUGGUUCGGGCGACAAAUUUGAGAUGUUGGACCGAGCUUCUCGCGACACUCAAGGAAAUCCAAGACGAGUAUAAAGAGAAAAGAGAGAUCUACGGUGAGAAGCCGACGCUU